GCAGACUCAGAUCGCCUCCGCUCGCUCGCUGCGCCCGAGGAGAGGAGACACGGACAGUCUCGCGUCCGGGGUGCUGGAGAGCCACCUCGCCACUCACUGUCUCCAACGACAACAUUCAGGCCCCAGGACAGGAGAGAAGCUUGACCAAACCCGAAACUAGAGACACAACCCGGACACGAAGCGCGAAAAGGGGACGUCUCCUCUCCAUCGCCUUUGCGCACGACGACCCAUUAAAAGCCCCUCUGGACCAGCGUCGCCAGCAAGCGAUGCAGCCUGACGACAAGACAACGGUCACCGUGAUCCACUGCGAUGCGUUUUCGCUUGUUUUGCUUAAAUAUUAACCUAUCGUUUCGGGCUCGGUUAUAACAACACGGACACUGUUUUAGUAUUGACACGCAUUCAACGGGUUUCUGCUUCAUGAGAAUUCUCCUCAUGGCCUGAAACUGACAUAAACUAUUUAUCAGUCUGGAUCGACGCGUUGUGUUCAUUUCAUGUAUUUUAUAACGCUGUCAUGUUUAUACCGACAAUGGUCUGACGGUUUCAGACUGCUUUAGAUUAUUCUGGUGACAGUGUCUUAUAGAUCCUUCUGCACAUACAAUCUGGCGGGCCUUCCUCUACACUGACACUUCUUUUGCAACCGAAGGGAACUGGAUCAAGUAUUUCCCCUGGAAAGUUUAAGGUGGAGACCGGCGCUUGCCCGCAACAUAUCCAGGAGGAUUUUCCGAAGGUUGAGGGCUCAGGACCACAUGCUGUCAUGCUGUCCUUAGAUGAGCCGCUGGACCUCAAAGUGCCGAAGGGGCGGGUCAGUGGGCGGGACAGAGGCGCCAGGUCUCCGUCCUCUCCCAUACAUGGCAAGGGGGCCGGGCAGCUACGCAUGGCAGACGACGGUACAGCAGUCAUCGUCCCAGGGUCUCCUGAUUCCCCACAUGCAGGUGUCCUGCAGGGCAAGUCCGAGACCCCCACACCCCCCGCUGUGGACCUCAGCAUGUCACCGUCCUCACGCAACACCACCUGUUCUCCAGAUCUCACCAACGGACACUGCUCGACCCCCAUCUUCCCCGGGGACUCGGCUCACAUCCGCUACGUGGAGGGCGGGUCCACAUCUCAAGCCUUCCAGUUCUUCCUUCCCAUCGGAGGAGGAGGAGGAAGACUUCACCUGCCUUCCUCGAUGUUCAUACGCCAACCAAAGGACACGCGAUCUUCUCCGGAUCUCUCCGCCGACGAACAGCUGGCCUGUCGAUGGAGGAAGUGCCACCUGCUUUUCGACUCUUUGCAAGACUUGGUGGACCAUGUCAAUGACUUCCAUGUGAAGCCCGAAAAGGAUACUGGGUACUGUUGCCACUGGGAGGGGUGUUCACGGAAAGGGCGGGGCUUCAAUGCCAGGUACAAGAUGCUAAUCCACAUCCGCACUCACACCAACGAGAAACCUCACCGCUGUCCCACCUGCAACAAGAGCUUCUCACGUCUGGAGAACCUCAAGAUACACAACCGUUCGCACACAGGAGAGAAGCCCUACAUCUGCCCCUACGAGGGCUGCAACAAGCGCUACUCCAACUCCAGCGACCGCUUCAAGCACACCCGCACCCAUUACGUGGACAAGCCCUAUUACUGCAAGAUGGUGGGCUGCCUGAAACGCUACACAGACCCCAGCUCCCUGAGGAAGCACAUUAAGGCUCACGGGCACUUCGUGGCGCAGGAGCACGGAGUUGCGGGAGGGGUGGGCUCAAUGAUGAAACCGGGGGCGGGAAAAGAAUCCGAGCUGACUUACAUCAACGGCGCCCACAUCAUCAUUCCUGGGGCGGCAGCUGCUCUCCUGGGCAGCCACGGUCUUCAGGGUCUGGGAGGCUCCCUCCCCCUGUCGUCCCGCCCACUGGACCUGAGCAAUCUGGGCUCCCUGAGCUCCCCUUCAGCUGGACUCGGCGGGACGCCCAUUCUCUCCUUCGGCGGCUCUCCGCUCGGCCUGGCCAAACCUCCCCUGCUGUCUCAUACCUUCUCGUCUUCCGCGCUCGGGCUACCCAUGGUGCCCCUUUUGGCCUCGGAGCGCAGGGACCAGGGCAAGGCCAGAGGUGAGGAGGACGAGAUCCACGGGGGCGUGCUCAACCUUUCCACGGGAGCGUCCCAUGACCCCCUGUCUUGGGUAGUUAUUCCCUCUGGCCAGGUCGUGUUGAAGCCAGCUGUGGUCAACUGAGCCCCGCAUUCCAUGGCAGGGGUGGGGGCGGGACAGGGGCAGAGGUCAAAGGCGAGCAUGUAGGGGGUUUUCACGAAGCAAAUGCAGUCGCAAUCUUCUUUAACUUUUAACUCCCGAGUUCAGUUCUUGAAUGUUGAGGUCGUGUUCUGUGGUAACAGCCAAACAACAGUGGCGACACAUUCAUCUCCGUUCCAUGCUCCUUUACUCCUUCUUAUCUACACUCUUUCUUUUUGUUCACUUGACAGCAGUCUUACAAAUCUGCGCUCUUGCUUCAAGGGUCCAUUUCCAUGUAUUUAUAUCUAAGAGUUGUUUAUGGACGACAGUGUAUGCAAUGCACUGAUCUUAUGUUUGUAUUCUACACGAACCAAUGCUCCGAACGAACAAACCCUCAAGCCAUUCCGUAAAAAAGUGAGCUAGAGAUCUUUCAAAUAAACUCAUCUACCCGGGGCAGGUCAAGUUAGCUAACAGGUGCUGAGUUUGGUUAUCAAGGAGCAUGUCCGUCAUCCCUGAACAGACAUUAAUACAUCGUCCACCUCGGUCACCCGCAAACGUACCCCCUUAGCUCACUGCAUUUGCUGCUAGCUGUGACGCAGCAAUAUUGUUUCGGUUUAAGAAUAGACAAAGCAUAUGGACGACAGUCUGUCCUCUAAGGGGGCACGGAAAAGAAACCUUGACCAGUUCCGUUGUGUUUUACAGAUUUACCGACACAAAGAUCAGAGUCACUGAGUUUUAAGGCUGACAAGGGCACUACGUAGGAAAAAACACCGCUGUUGCCAUCUAGUGGCUGCGAGAUGUACCACACGCUUUGUGCCGGAUCUGACAGUGUCGUUGUCCUGUAUUCCAGUUGCACAGCAGGACACACAAGAUACAGUUGAUACUGAAUGUUCAUCUUUUUCUACAAGCCAAGAGGCUCUGACAAUACACCAAUUUGGGUGUGUAACAAAAAAUAAACACUUCUUUUAAUGCAGUUUUCCUCCACAUUACACAGUGUGCCAAAUGUGACAUAAACCCAGGUUAGAGUGAAUACUUCGUAGUAAAGAACCAGACGUCUAGGCAUUGAAGCAUAUAUGAACAUACACACAGUAUAUACAUAUGAAUUGAUUCAAUUAAAUACAUUUUCCCCAAAGCAUUAUUGGUUUACGGUCUCUUGAAAAAGCCUCCUCUCCUGAACUCAGGCUCGUAACCUCCCGCGUCCGCUCUGGAGGAGUAAAACUGAAGUUUCUGUAACACAUUUACAUUCUUCAUAUAAAAGAACAUUCCAAUUGAAAGUAUCCCACCGAAAAAUCCCACUCCCCUAAACGUUUAAUCCACUCAGAGACUUUUUUCAUAUGUUUAUAUUUCGUGGUUUUAUUGUGGAAACUAUACAAUCAAUGCAUAUUGUUUUACUGUCGUAAUAUUUUUGGACGUGACAUUUCCAGAUGUUGAAGUCGCUUCGGUUGUGCUCUCGCUGGCUUCUCUGUGCUCAGCUUUCUCCAGCCCAGGCGUCGACUCUCAGCCUAUUGAGAUCAAACAUUUUAUCCAAUACUUUAGGUAUUCAGGUUCACUUAAGUAGACAUGAAAAACUGUACAAACACAUAUAACACAUGUUGCAUCCCCGACAUACAUGACAGGUGUGUUUGUGCUACACGAUCCACAUUUUACUGCAAAGGAUUGAAAUUGUUUACCACAACCAAGUCAAAAAUGUAAAUGUGUUGACAUUACCAGGGUGUACCGUGCGAAACAAGUCCAUCUUUCUCUGUCGCUCCUCACACACGGCUUCUGUUGCUGGUUGGAGAAAGCUGACGAUGACACAGACCUCUCCAGGUCUACAUCAAUGUUCAAUAUCAAAUAAGCUGUUAAACCUUUAACCCUUUGAGCACUCUGGAGUCCAAAGCCUUAAAACAACAGCGCAUUUGUGUAAAGAUGCUGAAAUUACUGCAAUUGUUCGAGACUUAAGCAAUAAAUAUGUAACGGCAGGGAUGAUGUUAUAUAUUUACAUUUCAACAUUCUGUGCAGUAAAACCCAUCAGCGUUGUCCGACUCGGUAAAUAUAUGGUACGGUAAACAAAACAAAAAAUGUAAAUAAUCAAAUUGCAACAAGUGAAAUUAUUCGAGCUUAAGAACCUACUCGUGUCUAAAAAAUGAACAGUUCACAGAGAUGCACAAAGGGUUAACAAAAAAAAGACUAUGGCCUGGAAUGGCCGGUAUUCAUUUGUAUUUUUUCCUUUUUUUGCACAUUUUGAGAUAUUUUAAUAUCAAUAUUUUGAUUUUUUUUCCAAGUGCCUUUUAUGAUAGUUGAAAAGUAGAUGUAAUACAGUAUAUGAAAAGUAAAUAUAUAUAUAUAUAUAAAUAUCUAUUUUUCCGCCAUCAUGUUCUGAAGUUGAACAUGCAGAACUUUAGGGCUGUACUCCAGUCUCCAGUUGGUACAUCAUAGCUGUGUUCUCCUGUUUUAGAGGAAUUUUAUUACGAUAUUGAUAAGGACGUCAAUGAAAAGAAAUGAAACUAAUGUUUAAUAAAUUUGCAUUUGAUAUACUG